GGUAUCCUCCACAUAUUUACUGCAAGUCAACAACUGAACCACGUUUCUGACAUGAGGCGAGUCUCCACCGAUAUGUGUCAAGUCGCACUCACCCAAGACGACCUUCUUCGUAGGAAGCGAUUGGAUGUUUGCCGAAUACAAAGGUCUAACUUGACUCAUGUUUCCGUCGGUGACGCAACCAUGAGGAUCGGACGUCCCACAAUGCAACGCGUGGAGACCGAGCUGCGUUUUCAUCAUCAACACGUGUCGGCUACAUUUUGUUGUUGCUAACAUUUGUUUAUAGAGAUUAAACCUUCGUCUGGGCUGAGCUGCUCCUGGUUCCGCCAUCAAAUGAAAGCCAAGGUCCUUUCAAGGAACCCGGAUGAUUAUGUCCGGGAAACCAAACACGAUAUUCAGCGAGUCCCCAGAAACUAUGACCCCUCCCUUCAUCCGUUUGAGGUGAGCAGAGAAUACACUCGUGCUCUGAAUGCCACCAAGUUGGAGCGUGUGUUUGCCAAGCCUUUUCUGGCCUCCCUGGACGGACACAGAGAUGGGGUAAACUGUCUGGCCAAGCACACCAGGAGUCUCUCUACCCUUCUCUCCGGCUCCUGUGAUGGCGAGGUCAAAGUGUGGAAUCUUACCAAACACGAAUGUGUCCGCACUCUCCAAGCACAUGGAGGUUUUGUCCGGGGAAUGGUUGUUCGAUACUGUGGCAAUUCCUUCUUUACGAUUGGAGAUGAUAAAACAAUAAAGCAAUGGAAAAUGGAAGCACCUGGGUACGGAGAAGAGGAAGAACCUCUUAACACUAUUCUUGGCAAGACUGUGUUCACAGGACUGGACCAUCACCAAAAGAAGGGCGUGUUUGCAACAUGUGGCCAGCAGGUAGACAUCUGGGACGAGCAGAGGAGCACCCCGAUCCGCUCCUUUACCUGGGGUGUAGACAGUUUCAGCUCUGUCCGUUUUAACCCUGUGGAGACAGAACUCCUCGGAAGCUGCGCCUCUGACAGGAGUAUAGUUUUAUAUGACAUGAGGGAGUCAACACCACUUAAAAAGGUGAUCAUGACCAUGAGGACUAACACAUUAUGCUGGAACCCAAUGGAAGCCUACUGUUUCACAUGUGCAAAUGAAGACUACAACCUGUACACAUACGACAUGAGGCACCUGGAGAGGCCCAUUAAAGUGCACAUGGACCAUGUCUCUGCGGUUCUAGAUGUCGACUACUCCCCCACUGGACAGGAGUUUGUGUCUGCUAGUUUCGACAAGACCAUUCGCAUUUUCUCCAAAGAUGAGGGGCACAGCAGAGAAGUCUACCACACCAAACGCAUGCAGCAUAUCAUCUCCAUAAAGUGGUCGGCAGACAACAAGUACAUCCUGAGCGGGUCAGAUGAAAUGAAUAUCCGACUGUGGAAAGCUAACGCAGCUGAGAAACUGGGAGUGCUGGCCCCCAGAGAGAGGGAGGCCGUUAACUACAGUCAGAAGCUGAAGGAGAAGUUCCAGCACCACCCACAGAUCAGGCGCAUCGCUCGCCACCGACAUCUUCCCAAGAACAUCUACCACCAGAAGAACGAGCUAAGGAUCAUGAAGGAGGCACGCCGUCGAAAGGAGAUGAAUGUCCGUAAGCACAGCAAACCAGGAAGUGUCCCUGUGGUGUCUGAGAAGGAGAAGCACGUUGUCAGUGUGGUGAAAUAGAUCCAGCUAGUGAGGGGGAUGGACUUACUGUUUAGCGAACAGUUGGAGAUCUGCAGAAACACUCAGAAUCUACUGCUGCAAGGACUCAGAUGGGCAUGAUAAACAAGUGUAACUGGCUACCAUUUUAAAGUCAAGCACAUGUACUGUAAAUAAAUGACACAAACCAGUUAGACCUGUACAUCCAGUCCUGAUGUUGGGACCAUGAAAAUGAGAAGAAGUGGAUUCGUGUUUAUAAUUGAAAUCAAAGAAAAUAAAGCUGGUUUAAAUGGA